AUGGCCUUGGACGUAUAUUUCCGUGUGUUGUACUGCCAGGUCCCCCCGAGUCUCGCAUUGGUCGCACAGCAGUCGCCAAGGCGACCUGAUUUCAAGACAAAUUGCCAAAUUCCUGUGGCAAAUAUAAAAGACGAGCUGCGGACGCGAGCUAUCACCUACGAGAUAUCGGACAGCAGUGGGAUAUCAAUUGGACUGGAAAAGAAGGAUGCUGCUCGUGUGGCGGGGAGAGCAGAGCGGCAGGCGGUGGCGGAUUUAGAAGACGGAUCUGGCGUUGGCGAUCGCGGCUGCGGAACGUGA